UCUACGGCUGCUACAAAGAUUUACGAGCCUUAUCACCUUAGAAAAAAGAACAUAACGUGUCUUUUGGUUGUACAAUGGUAGUAAUGAUCUGUGGCCAUUUCCAACUUUCACCACUUUCCAUCUUAUCAUCUUCUUCUUCUUCUUCUUCAAGACUUCAACUUUCAUCUUCUCGUUGCUCAAUGAUGGAUACCCACAAACAAGGCCGUAGUAAAUUUUUAGAAUUUCCAUAUGUUUCAGCACCCCACAAGAAUCUCAUGCUUGAUCUUGUUUCAAAAGUAGAAGAUCGAUUUCAGUCUCAGCUUCUUCCUUGCUCACUUCCUCCUGAUGUUCAAUACUACAAGACCAGCAAUGGUACUUCUCAAGUUUCGUUGCAUAUUACACCAGGCAACACUCAUUCUCCUAUAGAUUUUGUAAUGGGAAGUUGGGUGCAUGCUGAGCUACCAACCGGAGGAUCGUUAGAUAUAACAUCACUUUCGGCCUAUCUGAACAGUUCAAACGAUGCACCGAAUUUCGUGUUCGAGCUGAUCCGUAGCAGUCCAACAAUGCUAAUUCUUGUACUUGAUUUGCCACCUCGAAAAGACCUUGUUCUUUGGCCAGAUUACCUUAAAACAUUUUACGAGGACACUAAACUCGAUACACAUAGGCAGGCUUUGGAAAAAAUUCCAGAGGUUCAACCUUAUGUCACUUCUUCGCUUUUCAUCCGCACCGUUGCAUCUCCAACUGCUAUAUUUGUUCGCAUUCAGACCGAAGAUGAUGGAGGUGAGCGGAUAGACGGGAUCAUCAGAGACCAUAUUGAUCCGAUUUCAAAGCAAGUGUUGGAGAUAUGGUUGGAUGAUUGCGCCUGUGCCGAGAGAGAUGUAGGAGAGGAAGAUAAAGCUUAUCUGAGAAAAAGAGAUGGUGUUAUUAGAAACAAGACUAUUGAGGUUGAUCUUGGUUCAAGCUUUCCAAGGUUGUUUGGUCCAGAAGCAGCAAAACAGAUUUUGGAAGCCAUCAAAGAGUAUUUUACUGUUUGAAAUGUAAAGUUUAUUUGGAAUUGUAAAUAAAAGUUUGCACUUUAGAUAAGUUGUGUGUUUCUUUGACUUUGAGUAUGAUCUUGGUUCAAGCUAAUUUUCCAAUGA